CAGCGGAUCACUGAUCAGCAGAAUGAGCCGAUGACUGUGUGAGGAGAGGAGAGCCGGUAAUCGGCAUUCCUCAGAGGGGACAUCUACACUGAUCAUCAGGGCACUGAUGAUUAGUGCCCUGAUGAUCAGUGUAGCCCCAUCAGUGCCACCUUUCCGUGUCCAUCAAUGCCACCUGCCAGUGCACAUCAAUGCCACAUAUCAGUGCCUACCAGUGCACAUCAAUGCCACAUAUCAGUGCCCAUCUGAGAUGCCUUUCAGUGCCACCUAUAAGUGCUGCCAAUCAGUUCCAUCUAUCAGUGCUGCCUAACAGUGCCAGUCAGUGCUGCCUAACAGUGUCAGUCAGUGCCGUCUACCAGUGC